UGCGGGCAUCGUCUCUCUUACAGUUGGAGAGGCAGCUCGCGCGAAGAGAGGUAGGGAUCCGUCGUCGUUAGGCUUUGGAAAUCAUGAGCACGGCCGCGGUUGCAGCUAGGAGGGCGCUGCAACAGCAGCGAACCCGCGUUUUGUAUCGCAAGGCUCUUCGCAAUGUGCUGAGCUGGGCCGUGCAUCGCGACAUUUUCUAUGUGGAGGCACAGAAAAUGAGAGAGCAGUUUGAGAUGAACAAGGAUUUGUCCAAUUUAGAAACUAUCGACCGGUUGCUCUACGAGGGCGAGAGCCGAGUUGAAAAGUUUCAACACCCUGAUCCCUACAUAGUUCCAUGGGCUCCAGGAGGCUCUAAGUACGCUCGCAAUCCUCCAGUACCUUCGGAGAUUGGCGUUGUUCUCGACUUCGGGCGGGAGGAAAACCAUUAAGCUACUAGACUAAGCUUAAAACGGCUUGCAAACACGAGCCAUGGAUAUAAAACGUGGAAAAUGUGAAUUCAUCGCAUAUGCUCCGACUUAGGAUGGUUUCAACUCAUAACAAGAGUAUCAGCAUUGAGCAUCUUUUGAUCGUUUUGUUGUAAACCUUAGAAAUGUGUUUGAAUAUCUGCAAGUGUCAAAGGUAGAGCUUAAGACUGGAGGGUUGUGCUUAAAGGCUGAGGAGUCUUAGUUUCAUUUCAAUAAUAAGAAGCAACUGGAUCCAAAUCGUUGUUGGUCCACUUCUUUGGUGCAGAUUAGUGGUUUGAGAUAUUUUGCGAUCAACAAAUUUCGUGAUUGCAUAGUAUCUUAUAAUGGAAUGAUUCACAUUAUGCCGUCAUGUUCGUCAAGUUUUUCUGUUUUGUAAGCAGACUCGUAUGAGACGAUAAUCGGCUUUUUUUAUAAAUUAAACAUUCAGAGAAAAACAUUCCUACAUGA